AUUUUUUUAAAAAAAGUAUAUCAUGCAGAGGUUAGCACGUUGAAUAAAUAUACUUUCUAUAUGAUACUUCACAUCUCUCUCACUGCAGUAGAAUGUCUGUCAGAAUAGAAUACCAAGCAGGAGAGACAGUUGUGACCUACACAAGAAUUAUGGAUCUAGAAUUCCGCUAGAAGAAGCCAAUUUAAAACAAGAGGAAGUUUGUGUAUUUUUACAUAAGUUAACCUCUCCUUAAUGAUCAUGGCACUGAAGAUGCUGACAGCUGCCAGUUGCUUUGUGAAGGCCAUGUUGCGACCUUCUACUCUCUUCCAUUCUUGGGAGAUUUUAUUUGUCCGUGAGACCUCACUGAGGAGCUUCUCUUUUAAACACGGUAUUCCUCCAUCAGCCAAGUAUGGUGGGCGACACACUGUGACUAUGAUUCCUGGGGAUGGCAUCGGGCCUGAACUUAUGCUGCAUGUUAAGACUGUGUUCAGACAUGCAUGUGUGCCUGUGGACUUCGAGGAGGUGAUAGUUAACUCCACUUCUGGGGAAGAGGACGUUCACAAUGCCAUCAUGGCAGUCCGUCGAAACUGCGUGGCCUUGAAGGGCAACAUCGAAACUGACCACAACCUGCCACCGUCUCACAAAUCCCGCAACAAUAUGUUUCGCACCACGCUGGAUCUCUAUGCCAACGUUAUCCAUUUUAAGAGUCUGCCAGGAGUGGAGACAAGGCACAAGGAUGUUGACAUCUUAGUUGUUCGGGAAAACACAGAGGGUGAAUACAGCAACCUGGAGCAUGAGAGUGUGAAAGGAGUGAUCGAGAGCCUGAAGAUCAUUACCAAGGCCAGGUCUUUGCGCAUUGCUGAAUAUGCCUUCCAAUUGGCCCAGGAGAUGGGACGCAAGAGAGUGACGGUUGUGCACAAGGCCAACAUCAUGAAACUGGGAGAUGGUCUCUUCCUACAGUGUUGCAGAGAGGUGGCCUCCCGCUAUCCUCAGCUCACUUUCGAAGGCAUGAUUGUGGAUAACACCACCAUGCAGCUGGUAUCUCGGCCUCAGCAAUUUGAUGUAAUGGUGAUGCCCAGUCUUUAUGGCAACAUAGUCAACAACAUCUGCACAGGGUUGGUUGGGGGAGCAGGCCUCGUGCCUGGUGCAAACUAUGGCCAUACGUACGCAGUGUUUGAAACAGCCUCAAGGCAAUCAGGCAAGAAUUUAGCCAAUAAGAAUAUGGCCAACCCUACUGCCAUGCUUCUGGCAAGCUGCAUUUUGCUGGAUUACCUCAAGCUCCACUCCUAUGCCACCUCCAUUCGCAAUGCAGUCUUGGCGUCCAUGGAGAACAAAGAUGUCCAUACUCCAGACAUCGGAGGUCAGGGUACCACAUCAGAUAUCAUUCAGAAUAUCACAAAUCACAUCAGUACUGUCAAUUAAAUGGUUAUGCCUUGCAGGCUGAGCUACAUCCAAGUCCUUCUCACUCUUCACCUUAUUCUUCUCACUUAGAAACCCUAGCCUGCUUGGCUAGUGUGGACUCUGGAAUAAACUGGCUCCUGCUCCAAUUCAUCAGAAGAGGCAGGGGAAGCAAAUCAAAGCUGAUUUUUUCUGUUAAAUUAAAAUGCCAUAAGUGCCAUAAGCAUUGCUUAUUUAAAUUA